CCUCUUCUACGUCACCAAGAUAAGACAAAGGAACAUGUGUCAAAAGGUCAGGAGUAAAUGACAAGAUAACGCUAUGUCGUAUGACACAUCACCGAGCCAGGACGUCUAGUUCCUUUGUCUAUACUUCCCGUGGUUAUGGAUACACAUCGGUGGCUUGUUUUGGCAAUGUCUGCAGUGGGGCUUUGGACGUCCAGCAAUGGGCAACCCGGAGCGCUUCAGUGCCUCGACUGUGAUGAUGUUGUUAAUCCAAGUAUGUGUAGCCGCUCAACUGUUUGCCAGCUAACCGAGCUGUGCUUCACAUACAAGUACAGGCACUCUAACAUCACCAGAUACAGGAUGGGGUGCCAGGAUAGCCUGGUAUGCGAUGUGGUACCAGUCCGACCAGAUAUCGUUGGUAGAAGGCGGACAGCCGCACAUCUCUGGAAACGGAACAACAUGAAAGUAGAAAGUAUUUGUUUCGAUUGUUGCCAUAGCAACAACUGCAAUCGGGUUAUGUGUCAGAGGCAGGGUGUGACACAAACAUCAGCAUCCACAACGACAUCUACUGCGACUACGACACCUUCUUCCACUGUGACAUCUACACCCACGACACCCUCCACGCCGCCACGCCACGCCCACGCCGCCCGCUUCCACAUCAACUUUAACCCCAUCUCGCCCCCCGACGACUUCUACAUCAAAUACAGUUUGUCCGUCAGAUUAUGUUGGCUUUGCGGGCAGCUGCUACAGGAUCGUCUACAAGUCGUUGCAGUGGGAAAGGGCCAAGACGACAUGUUCUCAGAUGGGUUCACAUCUCGUGUCAGUGAACAGCAAGCAGGAACAGCAGUUUCUGGCUAACCUCCUGAACACAGCAGGAUUUCCUGCAAAAGCUGUGUGGAUAGGCGGCUAUCGUCAUCCCUUCUGGCGCCGAUGGACGUGGGUAGAUGGGUCCGCUUUUCAGUAUCAGUCUUGGAUUUCAUCCUUUCCUUUGGAUGAACAACAUCGGACAAGCAUCUCCAUGGUCAACCUAUCCGGCUCCUCGGCGUCGAACGGGUGGCUGUGUCGGAACGAGACACCUGAUUGGUACUUUGCCUUUAUUUGCGAGAUGAAGUCUUCCGAUUCUUAAAUUACAAAAUGACAAUAUAGAUACUGUUCUUUGAAA